CAGUGCCCACAUCCAUAAAGCAAAUGCGCACUUCCGGAACACCCCACCUUUUUUUUUUUUUCUUUUUCUUCAUUUUUAGGGAAGGAAGGAGGAUUAUGCUGGGAAAUCGGAUUUCGACAACAAAUCACGGAUGAUGACCUCUGAAAUUGGUACUUUAAUCUGAAUGUUCGACAGGACUAUUUAGCUGACAUCGUGUUUUCUAACGUGUGGUAAAAAGUUUGUUUCAGAUCACAUCUAAUUCACCAAUAUGGAAUAUCGUCGUAUGAUACAUGAUGGGACAGCAAGUUACGGAGUGGCCAAUCCAGGUUACGUACAAGCAGCUGACACUCGUCCUGCAAUGUUCGCCCCACCCGCGCCUGAUUCUCAUGGGCCGAGCGCUCCACCAGCCAGCAUGUUCGAUAACAUGCCCGGUUAUGAAGGCACUGUGGCCGGCGGAGGAGGUGGAUUUCUUCCACCUCCGAUGCCAAUGAAUCCAACUCCUCAGCCCCAACCUGGACCUGAACAGCCACAAUGGAAUAUUCCAUCGAUAAGUGAGUCUACAGCACGGGAGGCAUUUGCUCUUUGGGUCUCCAGCAAUUGUUGUUACAGUUCAGCACCAGCAAAAGAUGGAGUGAUCACCAACAUGGAAGCUUUCAAUACCUACAGGUACCGCCUGGAAACCUUCACUGAAUCAAGACUGACUGAGUGGAGCCACGAGCCAUAUAAUGGUCAGCCAGUGGAUGCAUACGCCCAACCACCUCCAGGGCCCUGGAACAUUCCUGCUGCUGCCCCCAGUUAUUUUAAAGAAAGCAAACAGAUCAUCAAAGUUCCUUACACUUCAUCUAUGAAGACCUGUCACGCUUGCAUGGGAAUGGGGCGGACACCCUGCAAAGACUGUGCCGGUGCGGGCAAUAAAGUUUGUUGGGUGUGUAAUGGAGCUGGUUUCCGCCAUGGAAAUGAGCGUUGCAAUCAUUGCUUUGGUAGAGGGAGAGAAAACUGCCACGGCUGCCAAGGGCAAGGAUCCAAGCAAUGCCCCACAUGUCAUGGAAAACAACAGCUUUUGGUCUAUAUCAACCUCACUGUAAAAUGGACCAACAACUCUGACGACUAUGUUGUGGAACAGUCCAGUGGACUUAAUUUGGACAACCUGAGCAAAGUGUCUGGCAAAGAGCUUUUCAGCGACUCCCAGUACUUGGUAUACCCUGUGAUGGGAUUCCCAGACCCUACUGUGGUAAAUGCCGCACAGCGUUUAAUCAAUGAACAUCAAGCCAGGUUCUCGCAGUCAUCUCGCAUUCUUCAACAGCGACAAACUAUCGAGCUGAUUCCUGUCACCAAGGUGACCUACUCAUGGAAAGGGAAAACGCACAUUUACUAUGUUUAUGGAAAUGAAUUUCAAGUCAGUGCAGACAACUACCCUGCCACCUGUUGCUGCUGCACAGUGAUGUAGUUGUAGAAGCUGAUGUAGGCUCUUCAUAUCAUCCCCUCUGACCAACUAUGAAAUAUAAUUUCAAAUUGUAUGUUAUGUGUUUAAGUGUUUACAUGCCCAUGGACAGAAAGGCCUAUGUUUCGCCCAGAACAACAUUCCUGGAGAUGAAGAGAAACAUCCCACUAGCCACUACAGUACAUUCUGGGAAAUGUAAUAAUGUAAUCCUGUAUUUCAUUAGAAGUUCCUGUAUGUUAAGCAUGAUUUUGUCUUUGUAUUUUCUAAAUCACUGCAACACGUGUAUCAAUUUGCUAUCUUGCGAUUUUUGUUUUUAAAUACCUUUUUUUUGUAUAACCGUUUAUUUCUGCUUAU